AUGACAGUCUCCCUUACUCCUAAAAAAGCAAAUAAGCUUAAGACAUCAGUACAGCACCUCUUAUUAUGUGAAAGGCUUUCUAUUCGAAAGGUUGCACAAGUGAUAGGCCUCAUAAUAUCCAGUUUUCCAGGGGUGAUGUAUGGCCCACUUCACUUUCGUUUGACAGAACAUGAAAAAACAGAAGCCCUAAAACAAAAUGCCCAAAAUUUCGAUGCAUUAAUGAGGUUGACACCACUUGCUAGAGAGGAGCUGCAGUGGUGGGUUAACUUGAUAGAUACAGCUGCCAAUCAAAUACAUAGGCCAGAACCACAAAUUAUAAUUCGCACAGAUGCCUCAAAACAAGGUUGGGGGUGUGCAGUGAAUGAUUUGUCCACAGGGGGCCUCUGGACCAUUACUGAGAAAGAUAAUCAUAUAAAUUACCUUGAACUGCUAGCUGUGUAUUUAGGGCUAAAAGCAUACAAAGAGCUUGUAUCAGAUAAACACAUACAAGUCUUGGUGGAUAACACCACAGUUCAAGUUAUACUUAAUAAAAUGGGCACUAGCCAUUCUCCUCAGUUAAACACUUUGGUAAAAACUAUUUGGGAUUGGUGUAUCACAAACCAUAUUUGGCUCACAGUUGCCCGUAUUCCUGGAAAGGAAAAUAUUGAAGCUGAUUUUGAAUCCAGAAAGUGUAGGCGUAACACAGAAUGGUCCCUUAAUAAGAAGUUUUUUCAACAAGCGUGUGAAAAACUUGACUUCACACCAAACAUUGAUCUGUUUGCUUCUCGUAUUAACUAUCAGGUCAAAUCAUACAUCUCAUAUAAUCCAGACCCAGAGGCAUUAGCAGUGAAUGCUUUUCAUAUGUCAUGGAGAAAUUAUAAGUUUUAUGCUUUUCCUUCAUUUAGCAUAAUAGGUCUGGUCUUGAAGAAGAUUCAGGAAAAAAAAUCAGAAGGACUAAUCCUAGUACCCAAGUGGCCCACACAGACUUGGUGGCCAGUGCUAAUGAAAAUGUUAAUUCAAAGACCAGUAGUUCUACCAUCAAACAAUUUAACAUUAUAUCUACCCAGCAACCCGGACGAAAGACACCCUCUUCAUCACAAAAUGACUUUACUGAUGUGUCACUUAUCCGGAAACAACUUGAAAACCGAGGGUUUUCUUCAACAGCUACCAACAUCAUGGAAGCCUCCUGGAGAUUAG